AUGUCAAGUUGUCGUGUAGUGAGGAAAAAAUGUAAUAAGGAAAAGCAUGAAAAAAAAAAUGUUGAUUCAAGUUCGCCAAGUUCCUUGACACCAGUAGCUGUUGCUAAUAGACUAUGUAAAGUCGACUGUGACGCAUCUGUUUGCGGGCUGUUUCGUUUAACUUGGUGUAUUGAGCCAAAGCUGGCAAACCUGCUCUCAACGACAACUCAAAAGAAUACGUAUGCACAAUGUGCGAACUAUCCUUAUUGUGCAGCUGGCACAGUACAAGUCUACAUAGCGAUAUUUAUUCAGUUUCUAAAGGAUUGUAACUGCAAUGGUAAUUUCAAAUGCUACAGUUUUCUUCGUAUUCGUUGAUUCGGAAGAUGCAGUGGCAAUUUGAAUUCAAAAUAAGACGACAUUUGCAAGCUUUGCAUACAGACUUCUAAUAAACGAUAACUAAAUACAUAAUGAUGCAGGACUAUUUUAUUUUAUAGACUAUACUGCGUAUAAAUGUUUGUCUAUCUCGAUAAAUUAUAAAAACUAAUGUACCAAAAUUAUUUUAUUUGAAAAAUAGAGAGAAAGAGAGUGUAAGAAUUUUAUUCAAAAUACAUUCAGAAACGUAUUAUCGAUGAUAUUUAUAAUCAAUAAGGCAACUAUGAUCAGGGAGUUGUUUCAAUAUCAAACAUUAGUAUUAUUGUAAAUUAUUUUGAAUAUGUUACAAUGUUUUCAACAGAAUUAUUUCAUUUUGUUGCAUUCCAAAUUUAAAAUCCAAUAUUUAACCCGUGUAAAAUUAAUAAUUUAUCUACCAAUUCGAUCUCCUCUUUGAGCAUUGUUCUCUGCUGGUCUAAAAUUUCGUACGAAUGUAUAUUUUUUAUUAAAAAGCAAUUUCUAGACAAACGAGGGCUCUCUAAAAGUCUGUAAUUAUAUAAUAAAUAUAUAAAAACGAUA